GAGAAUACUAGGCAUAGAAAGCCUAACGUAUCCGGCCCAUCCAUGCAUCGAAACCCUAAUCGUCCCAAGCUAGGUUUUACACUUGCUGUCAUGGAGCAGUAGUAUAUAAACGAAGAGUUCUGCCUUUUCUUCUAUUUCUCGGCCACCACACUUGUGAUCAAAGCGAAAACCUGAUUAACACAGUAAAACGAAAAUGGCUCAGGAAUGUCUCGUCCUCCGCGGAAUCAUGGAGGGCCACACCGAUUGGGUCACGGCUAUCGCCACCCCCAUCGAUAACUCCGACACCAUUGUCACAGCUUCUCGUGACAAAUCUCUAAUCUUGUGGAACUUAACCAAGGAUAGCCCACAAUUCGGCGUCGCUAAACGUCGCCUUACCGGCCACUCGCACUUCGUUCAGGACGUUGUUCUUUCCUCUGAUGGCCAGUUCGCGCUUUCUGGCUCUUGGGACGGCGACCUCCGCCUGUGGGAUCUUCAGACAGGAAAUACCGCCCGCAGAUUCUUCGGUCACACCAAGGACGUACUUUCUGUGGCAUUCUCCGUUGAUAACCGUCAGAUUGUUUCUGCUUCCCGUGAUCGGACAAUCAAGCUUUGGAACACUCUCGGCGAGUGCAAGUACACCAUCCAGGAAGUUGAUGGUCAUGGCGAUUGGGUCUCCUGCGUCCGUUUUAGCCCUAACAAUCUCCAGCCUACUAUUGUUUCUGGGUCAUGGGAUAAAACCGUGAAGGUUUGGAAUUUAACCAACUGUAAGCUUCGCGCUACUCUUGCGGGGCACACAGGUUACGUGAACACUGUUGCCGUAUCUCCAGAUGGCUCAUUGUGCGCAAGUGGUGGAAAAGAUGGAGUUAUUCUGCUGUGGGAUUUGGCCGAAGGGAAGAAGCUGUACAAUUUGGAUGCUGGAUCCAUUAUUCACGCUCUCUGCUUUAGCCCUAAUAGGUACUGGCUGUGUGCUGCUACUGAAGCCAGCAUUAAGAUUUGGGAUUUGGAGAGCAAGAGCAUAGUUGUUGAUCUCAAGGUGGAUCUCAAGCAUGAGAGCGACAUGUUUUCUAAAGGACCUGCACCUGCCAAGAAUAAGGUGAUAUUCUGCACAAGCUUGAGCUGGAGUGCUGAUGGUUCCACACUUUUCAGUGGAUAUACAGAUGGUGUCAUCAGAGUUUGGGGCAUAAGUCGUUACUAGACUGGCAAGUAUAUUAGGGCAACAAAAAACCAUUUGGACAUGGUUGUUAUUUAAAUCUUCCCUGUAGUUUUUUUUUUUUUGUUGUUGCACGAGUAUUUCGAUCUUUCUUCUUUUGCUUUGCUCAUGUGUUUUGACAACUGAAAUGUUUUUUUGGAUCGUGACUAUUAUUUUACAUUUGCCAGACCUUGAGUUCAUGUGUUAACUUUUCAGUAACCCGUCCAUUUGCUUGCUCAGCUUUUGGGCAUGAUGGCUUCUUAACUUCAGUGCUAUGAACAACUAUAUUACUCUCUUAAGAUAUUUUAACACUACUUUUAACUGA